UGGCUGCUUGCAGACGCAGAGCAAGGUAUUGUGUCUUCCUGGUCACAGCCAUCACCUGCGUCAUCUGCAGUCCCCUUCCUAUCCGACGCCCAGAAGGAGGGCCCGUCAAGACCAAAGCGUCCGCGUAUAGAUAUACCCCCCAGCUCGCCCGCUGCCAGGCGUGUACGCAGAGGCCGUGCGCUCUACAGCCAUAGCGUACCGUCGCCGCGCAGGCACUCGCGCCGUGCGCGCCUUGGUGAGACGCGCGAUACCGGUAUCGUCUCUGCAACCGAGCCUGGCCCCAGCAGAGGCUCCUUGCUUCGCUACAGCAGCCUUCCCUCCACUCCUCGUCCAGUUUCUUCACUGCCCGUGUCUCCGAUCGAGCCUAUCCCGCAUCAUAUACCCCCACAUCAACCCCCGAUCAACCGGGACACGUUGAAAGAAUUAGAUCUUGAAGCCAUUCUCCGCAAUCCCCAACUUCGCCAUGAUUUACUGUUUGAUUCUGGGUUGCAGUUCCGCCCCACGUCCAGUCGCCGGAAACGCGAUCUUGCUGACAAUUAUUGGCUUGCUAUCAUACGUGAGCUCGAAUGCGGAUGUACGUGCUUCACCGUGGAUGCCCACGGACGCCCAUCCGACCGCAUAUGCAUAUGUCAAACGCACCAGAUGCCGCCAGGCGGAGCGGUCUACGCGCGCACGGCUGAUAACCGCACCACCGUGCGCGUAGCCUCACGCAUACGCCCUCUCCUCCUCGAGCUUCUCGAGGUGCUCGUGUCCAUCAUCCAGCCUGUCAUGUCCAAGUCCACUGGCUUGUACAUGCAGCCCACUUCCCUACACCCCCAGUUCCAGCAGAACGUCACGCAUGUAGCCUUGCUGCGAUCCGUCCUCGAUGCGGACCUCAUCCAGCAGGAGAUGGAGCACGGUUUGUUCGAUCCGUCAGGUGUUUUCCAGACCAUCGGUGAUAUCAUCCGCUGCCACUGCGCGCCGAUGCGUGACCAUGCGGUCGACCAGAUGGUCUCCUUGGCCAAGUCGUGCGCCCCCGGUGGCAAUGGCAGCAAGGUUGAUGCCGUCCGUGCUAUUCGACUGUGCUUCGAGAUCAUGGAGCUGAUGAAGCUGGACGUCGCCAACCAUCAGCUUCAGACGCUUCGACCGUAUCUCAUACAGUCUGCCGCGCAGUAUGAGCUCAAAACCUUCCAGGAAUGCCGGCAGGGCGGUCACCUCUCGCUUGAGACAACACGCGAGUGGUUGCGGACCGCGCACCUCGAAAUUGUCCGACGCGUCGAGUCGUCCGGCCUAUGCGCACUUCCUGCAGGCAGCAGCAGCUUUGAAAAACUGCCGCGGCGGACGCAGGUCCAAAUCGCGGUUACGGGCGCGAUCGUGGACUUGGUGUUCAACCCUCCGUCUUCGUUCCCGGCCGCCUCCCCCACCGUCCUUCCCUCUACGCCACGCACUACGCUGUUGCAAGGAUACCCAGAGACACUCUAUCUUGACCACGCACGCCUGCUUACAUUCACCACCGACGCAGGAGAUUUUACCGCUCUGUAUAUGCUCCUAAUGCUCUACCGACAGCUUGUGUUUUCCGGAUCAUCCCCGCCGAGCGAUAUUGCCCGCGCGUACGUGAAGGUCGACGAGCUCAUGAAGCUCAAGAAGGAGAUUUGGGAGAUCGGGCCCGCACACCUCGGCCACUGCUUCCAGGGCGCACGGGGGGCGUCUAAGGAGACGGGAGACAAGACCGACACGGAGUCGACGAAAUGGCGCUCAGAGAUGAGCGACGUCGUCCUGCAAAUAACUAUGCGCGCGACAGACGCGCGAUCGGGCUCGACUUCGUCUGCUCAAGGCCUCUCGCACACGCGCACACCGGACGAACAGCUGAUCAAGCUCGCAGCGAGCUGGGCCGAGUCCCACCUGCGGGACGACUCUCCACUAAGCGCGCUGAUGCGCCGGCGGAUCCGUGAUGAGGUGCUCGCGGCGGCAGUACAGAUCAUCGUUCCUGCGCUGCGGAAGGGCGACGCAUCGGGCGCAGCGGACGACGCUGACCCAGGGACGACAAACGGGCUCGAGCCGCUCAUGCCCGAGAUCCAGCAUCUCGCGGAGAAGCUAUCAAAACUGGCGUCGAUCCACCUCAACGUCUACAGCGCCCUAUACGCGCAGCCGGGCUUCCUU